AUUGUUGAGGCGCGUUAAUGAGCCGUACGCUACACAAAUGUUCAGGAACACAUUCCAGAGUGGGUUUUUAUCUAUACUAUUCAGUGUUGGGACGAAACCUCUGCAGAUUUGGGACAAAAAGGUUCGCAACGGCCAUAUCAAAAGAAUUACAGAUAAUGAAAUCCAGUCAUUGGUCUUAGAAUUAUUAGGAAGCAAUGUUUCAAACACUUAUAUAUCUUGCCCUGCAGAUCCUAGGAAAGCAUUGGGCAUUAAAUUACCUUUCCUAGUGUUAAUUGUAAAAAACCUCAAUAAGUACUUUACGUUUGAAAUUCAGAUCCUUGAUGACGAGGGUGUUAAAAGGCGUUUUAGGGCCAGUAACUACCAGAGCACUACUCGGGUGAAGCCAUUUAUUUGCACCAUGCCUCUCCGCUUGGAAGCCAAUUGGAAUAAUAUUUACUUCAACGUUGCAGACUUCACAAAGCGUGCAUACGGGACUAAUUUUGUCGAGGUGCUGCGAGUUCAGAUUCACGCUAAUUGUCGAAUAAGACGUAUUUACUUUUGUGACCGCCUCUAUUCGGACGAAGAGCUCCCUGCAGAGUUCAAAUUAUACCUCCCUGUUCAAGUAAACCGGAACACUUAGAAAUUUUCAUUGUAAAUGUUUCCACCUGUUCCAAUGACAAUUUUAACACUUUUCAAACUGUUAUGUACAUGUUUUAAUUUGGUGCAUAAUAAGUAUAUUUUGUUAUCCAUUAUACUGAGUAUUUCUACUUUCUAAUAAAACGAUUUGUGAAAACCUUCCAAUAAAUUUCAUGUUCAUUUAUAUUAGUCUUUUUGGUCGGCGUUCUUCAGUGUGUUGAAAUUACUACUGAACUAUGCAUUCUUUUCUCAAUCGCAUCACAAUUUCACUGCAUCAGCGUUAUAUUGUAGCUAUCAUGCUUAAGAUGUUUGGUUUUAUGCAAGUUUGGUAUUUUUUGUUUAUAAUUUCCAGAAAGUUACUUAUUCGCUGUUGAUAUGUAUCAACUGUUUUUGUAGAUGUCUUACUUUCACUUCUGAUUAUGGCUAAACGCUAUUUGAAAUUCAGUGUUGAUAUGGAUUCAUUUACUUGACAUGUUUCAACUACGAUUAAACUGGAUCCAGUACUUAUAGUCAGUUUUUUGUAAAUAAGAAUAGAACAUCAAUUUUUUUGCGCAGUUUUAUGCAUAAAAACAGAUGCCAUGCAUUAUCUUACUCAU